AUGAUUUUAGUCUUUUCUUUUUUCAUUGAAUUUUUUCCAGAUAUCACUUUCUUUCUUUCUUCACCCACCUCAUCUUAUGUCUUUCUUCCAUUUUCUUUCUUUCUUUUGCUCUUUUCAUUCUUUCUCAUCUUUCUUUCUUCACCCUCCUCAUCUUAUGCUUUUCUUUCUUUUCUUUCUUUUUUUCUUUCUUUCUGUUUGCACUUUUCAUUCUUUCUCAUCUUUCUUUCUUCACCCUCCUCAUCUUAUGCCUUUCUUUCUUUUCUUUUUUCUUUCUUUCUUUUGCUUCUUUUUUCUUUCUGUUUGCACUUUUCAUUCUUUUCUCAUCUUUCUUUCUUCAAUGUCACCUCAUCUUAUGCCUUUCUUUCUUUCUUUCUUUUCUUUCUUUCUUUCUUUCUUUCUUUCUUUCUGUUGCACUUUUCAUUCUUUUUCUCAUCUUUCUUUCUUCCCUCCUCAUCUUAUGUCUUUCUUCCAUUUUCUUUCUUUCUGUUGCUUUUCAUUUUUUUCUCAUCUUUCUUUCUUCACCCACCUCAUCUUACGCCUUUCUUUCUUUUCUUUCUUUCUUUCUUUCUUUCUUUCUUUCUUUUCUGUUGCACUUUUCAUUCUUUCUCAUCUUUCUUUCUUCACCCUCCUCAUCUUAUUCUUUCUUCCAUUUUCUUUCUUUCUGUUGCACUUUUCAUUCUUUCUCAUCUUUCUUUCUUCACCCACCUCAUCUUAUGCCUUUCUUUCUUUUUCUUUCUUUCUUUCUUUCUUUUCUUUCUUUCUUUCUUUUGCACUUUUCAUUCUUUCUCAUCUUUCUUUCUUCACCCUCCUCAUCUUAUGUCUUUCUUCCAUUUUCUUUCUUUCUGUUGCACUUUUCAUUUCUUUCUCAUCUUUCUUUCUUUCCACCUCAUCUUAUGCCUUUCUUUCUUUCUUUCUUUCUUUCUUUCUUUCUUUCUUUUCUUUCUUUCUUUCUUUCUUUCUUUUUGUUGCACUUUUCAUUUCUUUCUCAUCUUUCUUUCUUCACCCUCCUCAUCUUAUGUCUUUCUUCCAUUUUCUUUCUUUCUGUUGCACUUUUCAUUCUUUCUCAUCUUUCUUUCUUCACCCACCUCAUCUUAUGCCUUUCUUUCUUUCUUUCUUUCUUUCUUUCUUUCUUUCUGUUGCACUUUUCAUUCUUUCUCAUCUUUCUUUCUUCACCCACCUCAUCUUAUGCCUUUCUUUCUUUUCUUUCUUUCUUUCUUUCUGUUGCACUUUUCAUUUCUUUCUCAUCUUUCUUUCUUCACCCUCCUCAUCUUAUGUCUUUCUUCCAUUUUCUUUCUUUCUGUUGCACUUUUCAUUCUUUCUCAUCUUUCUUUCUUCACCCCUCAUCUUAUGCCUUUCUUUCUUUUCUUUCUUUUCUUUCUUUCUUUUUCUUUCUUUCUUUCUGUUGCACUUUUCAUUCUUUCUGUUGCACUUUUCAUUCUUUCUCAUCUUUCUUUCUUCACCCACCUCAUCUUAUGUCUUUUCUUCCAUUUUCUUUCUUUCUGUUGCACUUUUCAUUCUUUCUUCUUUCUUUCUUCACCCACCUCAUCUUAUGCCUUUCUUUCUUUUCUUUCUUUCUUUCUUUCUUUCUUUCUUUCUUUCUUUCUUUCUUUCUGUUGCACUUUUCAUUCUUUUCAUCUUUCUUUCUUUCUUCACCCUCCUCAUCUUAUGCUUCCAUUUUUGAAAAUGUUUCUUUCUGUUGCACUUUUUCAUUCUUUCUCAUUUUCUUUCUUUUCAUCUUAUGACUUUCUUUCUUUUCUUUCUUUUUUUUUUCUUUCUUUCUUUCUUUCUUUCUUUCUUUCUUUCUUUCUUUCUGUUGCACUUUUCAUUCUUUCUCAUCUUUCUUUCUUCAUCCUCAUCUUAUGUCUUUCUUCCAUUUUCUUUCUUUCUGUUGCACUUUUCAUUCUUUCUCAUCUUUCUUUCUUCACCCACCUCAUCCUCUGCCUUUCUUUCUUUUCUUUCUUUCUUUCUUUCUUUCUGUUGCACUUUUCAUUCUUUCUCAUCUUUCUUUCUUCACCCUCCUCAUCUUAUGUCUUUCUUCCAUUUUCUUUCUUUCUGUUGCACUUUUCAUUCUUUCUCAUCUUUCUUUCUUCACCCACCUCAUCUUAUGCCUUUCUUUCUUUUCUUUCUUUCUUUCUUUCUUUCUGUUUCACUUUUCAUUCUUUCUCAUCUUUCUUUCUUCACCUCCUCAUCUUAUGUCUUUCUUCCAUUUCUUUCUUUCUGUUGCACUUUUCAUUCUUUCUCAUCUUUCUUUCUUCACCCACCUCAUCUUAUGCCUUUCUUUCUUUCUUUCUUUCUUUCUUUCUGUUGCACUUUUUCAUUCUUUCUCAUCUUUCUUUCUUCACCUCCUCAUCUUAUGUCUUUCUUCCAUUUUCUUUCUUUCUGUUGCACUUUUCAUUCUUUUCUCAUCUUUCUUUCUUCACCCACCUCAUCUUAUGUCUUUCUUCCAUUUUUUUCUUUCUGUUGCACUUUUCAUUCUUUCUCAUCUUUCUUUCUUCACCCCACCUCAUCUUAUGCCUUUCUUUUUCUUUCUUUCUUUCUUUCUUACUUUCUGUUGCACUUUUCAUUCUUUCUCAUCUUUCUUUCUUCACCCUCCUCAUCUUAUGUCUUUCUUCCAUUUUCUUUCUUUCUGUUGCACUUUUCAUUCUUUCUCAUCUUUCUUUCUUCACCCACCUCAUCUUAUGCCUUUCUUUCUUUUCUUUCUUUCUUUCUUUCUUUCUUUCUUUCUUUCUGUUGCACUUUUCAUUCUUUCUCAUCUUUCUUUCUUCACCCACCUCAUCUUAUGCCUUUCUUUCUUUCUUUCUUUCUUUCUUUCUUUCUUUCUUUCUGUUGCACUUUUCAUUCUUUCUCAUCUUUCUUUCUUCACCCUCCUCAUCUUAUGUCUUUCUUCCAUUUUCUUUCUUUCUGUUGCACUUUUCAUUCUUUCUCAUCUUUCUUUCUUCACCCACCUCAUCUUAUGCCUUUCUUUCUUUUCUUUCUUUCUUUCUUUCUUUCUUUCUUUCUUUCUUUCUUUCUGUUGCACUUUUCAUUCUUUCUCAUCUUUCUUUCUUCACCCUCCUCAUCUUAUGUCUUUCUUCCAUUUUCUUUCUUUCUUUCUUUCUGUUGCACUUUUCAUUCUUUCUCAUCUUUCUUUCUUUCUUCACCUCAUCUUAUGCCUUUCUUUCUUUUUCUUUCUUUCUUUCUUUCUUUCUGUUGCACUUUUCAUUCUUUCUCAUCUUUCUUUCUUCACCCACCUCAUCUUAUGAACUUUUUUCCAAUUCUUUCUUUCUUUCUUUCUUUCAAUUCUUUCUUUCUUUCUUUCUUAUGCACUUUUCAUCCUUUCUCAUCCUUCAUUCUUUCUUUCUUUCUUUCUUUCUUCACCCUCCUCAUCUUAUUUUUCAUAUCUAUCUAUCUAUCUAUCUAUCUAUCUAUCUAUCUAUCUAUCUAUCUAUCUCAAUAUGUGCUUAUCUAUCUAUCUUAGGAUGUAUGUUAUCUAUCUCUCUAUCUCAGCCUAUUCAGAUCUAUCUAUCAAUCUAUAUCAGUCUUUUCAUAUCUAUCUAUCUAUCUAUCUAUCCUGAUGGUGGCUGCAAUUCCCUCAUGACAGCUACAGUUUUGUUCAUUAUCUAUCUCAGUCAGUUCCUUGUCUAUCUAUCUAUCUAUCUAUCUAUCUAUCUAUCUAUCUAUCUAUCUAUCUAUCUAUCUAUCAUAAUGUAUCCAUUAUCUAUCUAUCAUUAUUUAUUAUCUGAGUUUGUUCAUUAUCUAUCUAUCUAUCUAUCUAUUUAUCUAUCUAUCAUAAGCUAUUCAUUAUCUGUCUAUCUCAGUUUUCUGUUCAUAAUCUAUCUAUCUAUCUAUCUGAGUCUGUUCAUAAUCUAUCUAUCUAUCUAUCUAUCUAUCUAUCUAUCUCAUCACUUCAGAUAA